AUGGCUAUCACGCGCCGUGGAAAGGACAAGGCGACCAGGGCCGAACGCUCCGCAGGCGGAGGCGGUGCGGCCAGCUCCAGUGCCAAGCCAAAGAAGGCCACCUUCGACACGACCAAGAAGAAGGAGAUUGGCGUCUCGGACUUGACACUACUUAGCAAGGUGUCCAACGAGGCGAUCAAUGACAACCUGAAGCGCCGCUUCGAGGGCGCCGAGAUCUACACGUACAUUGGCCAUGUCUUGGUCUCGGUCAACCCCUUUCGCGACCUCGGCAUCUACACAGACCAGGUGCUCGACAGCUACCGCGGCAAGAACCGCCUCGAGAUGCCGCCCCACGUGUUUGCCAUCGCCGAGUCCGCCUACUACAACAUGAAGGCUUACAAUGACAACCAGUGUGUCAUUAUCUCGGGCGAGUCAGGCGCCGGCAAGACCGAGGCUGCCAAGCGCAUCAUGCAGUACAUUGCGAACGUCUCGGGCGGCGCCGAGGGUAGCGAUAUCCAGCAGAUCAAGGACAUGGUCCUGGCCACAAACCCCUUGCUCGAGUCGUUUGGUAACGCGAAGACAUUGCGAAACAACAACUCUUCCCGCUUCGGCAAAUAUCUGCAAAUACACUUCAACGCCCAGGGCGAGCCCAUCGGUGCCGAUAUUGCAAACUACCUGCUCGAGAAGACGCGCGUCGUCGGCCAGAUCGUCAACGAGCGCAACUUCCACAUCUUUUACCAGUUCACCAAAGGCGCCUCGCCGCAGUAUCGCGAGACCUUUGGCAUUCAGAAGCCCGAAACGUACAUUUACACGAGCAGGUCAAAGUGUCUCGACGUGGACGGAAUCGAUGAUCUGGCAGACUACCAGGAUACGCUCAAUGCUAUGAAGAUUAUUGGCCUCUCCCAGGCAGAGCAGGACAACAUCUUCCGCAUGCUUUCUGCCAUCCUGUGGGCCGGAAACCUCGUCUUCCGCGAGGAUGACAAUGGAUAUGCGGCUGUGACGGACCAGUCGGUUGUCGAUUUCCUGGCCUAUCUACUCGAGGUUGACCCGGCCUCGCUCGUGAAUGCUAUCACGAUUCGCAUCCUGACCCCACGGAACGGCGAGGUAAUCGAGUCGCCGGCCAAUGUCGCCCAGGCGACUGCGACCAGAGAUGCACUGGCUAAGGCCAUCUACAACAACCUUUUCGACUGGAUCGUCGAGCGGAUAAACCAAUCCCUCAAGGCCCGGCAGGCCGCAAUAAACUCGAUUGGCAUUCUAGACAUCUACGGCUUCGAAAUCUUUGAGAAGAACAGCUUCGAGCAGCUCUGCAUCAACUACGUGAACGAGAAACUGCAGCAGAUUUUUAUCCAGCUUACGCUGAAGGCCGAGCAGGAAGAAUACGCGAGGGAGCAGAUCAAGUGGACACCCAUUUCGUACUUUGACAACAAGGUCGUCUGCGACCUGAUCGAGUCCAUCAGGCCCCCCGGAAUCUUCUCUGCCAUGAAGGACGCCACCAAGACUGCUCACGCUGACCCGGCAGCUUGCGAUCGCACCUUUAUGCAGAGCAUUAACGGCAUGUCGAAUGCCCACCUAACGGCUCGCCAAGGUGGUUUUAUCGUCAAGCACUAUGCCGGCGACGUCACAUACGCAGUCGACGGCAUUACGGACAAAAACAAGGACUUGCUCCUCAAGGGGCUGCUGAAUCUGUUCCAGGGCAGCCAGAAUCCCUUCGUUCACGCUAUUUUCCCCAAUCAAGUAGACCAGGACAACCGGAAGCAGCCCCCUUCAGCCGGCGACAGGAUAAGAGCCUCGGCCAAUGCUCUGGUUGAAACGCUUAUGAAAUGCCAGCCUUCCUACAUCCGUACCAUUAAGCCCAACGAAAACAAAUCCUCUACUGAAUAUAACGUCCCCAACGUUCUCCAUCAAAUCAAGUAUCUAGGUCUGCAGGAGAACGUCCGUAUCCGCCGCGCUGGCUUUGCUUACCGCCAGUCGUUUGAGAAAUUCGUUGACCGGUUUUUCUUGCUGUCGCCAGCUACUUCUUAUGCCGGCGAGUACACAUGGACCGGCUCUUACGAGGCUGCUGUGAAGCAGAUCCUCAAAGACACCAGCAUCCCACAGGAGGAGUGGCAGCUUGGUGUCACAAAGGCCUUUAUCAAGUCGCCCGAAACCUUGUUCGCUCUCGAACAUAUGAGGGACCGGUACUGGCAUAACAUGGCAACGCGUAUUCAGCGGAUGUGGCGAGCAUACCUGGCAUACAGGGCAGAAUCGGCCACCAGAAUCCAGCGCUUCUGGAGAAAGAAGCGCGUUGGGGCUGAGUAUCUGCAGCUCCGCGACCAAGGCCACAGAGUCUUGCAGGGCCGCAAAGAGCGCAGAAGAAUGAGUCUUCUCGGGUCACGGCGAUUCCUGGGCGACUAUCUCGGCAUCAAUGCCACCAACGGGCCGGGAUCCCAAAUUCGGACCGGCCUAAAUCUCGGAAGCAACGAAAAGGUAGUUUUUUCGUGCCGUGGCGAAAUCCUGGAAGCCAAAUUUGGGCGAUCCAGCAAGCCGAGCCCUAGGCUCAUUGUCGUGACCAACAACAAGUAUUACGUCGUGGCCCAGACGCUUGUGCAGAGCCACGUGCAAAUUGUGGUCGAGCGGUCUUUUCCUCUGGGCUCUAUCAAGUUUGUUGGGGCAUCUACAAGCCGAGAUGACUGGUUCUCGCUGGGGGUAGGAUCGCCUCAGGAAGCCGAUCCAUUGCUCAACUGCCUGUUGAAGACGGAAAUGUUCACCCAGAUGCAGAGAGUCAUGCCGGGCGGGUUCAACCUGAAGAUUGCAGAAAGCAUUGAGUAUGCCAAGAAGCCGGGGAAGAUGCAGCUUGUGAAGGUGCUGAAGGACGCGCCGACUCCAGUCGAUUUCUAUAAGAGCGGCGCCGUCCAUACGCAGCAAGGAGAGCCUCCCAACUCUGGCUCUCGGCCAAUGCCAAGGGCGAAGCCCGUUCCCCCAAGGCCUAUUACGAGAGGAAAACUCAUCAAGCCCGGCGGGCCAGGCGGCAGGCCUUCAAGGGUCCCUAACAACCGCCCGCCCCAGGCCCGGCCUUCUGCCAAUUCUUCCCGGCCGGUCCCGCAGCCGCCUCGGGUUGCAGUGGCGGCGGCGCCACAACCAGCUGCAGCAGUCCGUCUUCCGGUGCAUACCCGGCAGCAAUCCAACACAUCGGCUGCACGCGUCCCUCCACCGCCUCCACCGCCCGCCGCCCCUGCAGCGAGGCCCAAGAUUAUGGCAAAGGUGCUCUACGACUUUGCCGGCCAAAAGGAGAAUGAGCUCUCGAUUAAGACGGGCCAGCUAAUCGAAAUCGUUCAGAAGGAGACCAACGGAUGGUGGCUGGCAAAGCAGGGGGCCGUCCAAGCGUGGAUCCCUGCCGCGUACGUCGAGGAACAAGCACCCCCAGCAUCACCACCUGUCGUAGCGCCCAGGCCGCCGCCGCCGCCGCCCUUGGCGAACGGUGCAGCCAGGGGCAAGCCGCAGCCACCCGUGAAGCGGCCCGCGGCCGGCAGAAAGCCGGCACCUCUCCAGGCGCGCGACUCGGGCAUGAGCUUGAACGGUUCGGAUGGCAGCAGGAGCAACACGCCCACGCCGAGCCUGGCGGGCGGCUUGGCCGAGGCGCUGCUGGCGAGGAAGAAUGCCAUGGCCAAGAAGGACGACGACGAUGAUUGGUAG